CAUUGAUCAUCCUGAUUCAUUGUAUGCAUAGUUUUAAACGUCACUUUAAAGAAAAAAAAAAUGGAGUUUUUGACUGUUCCUUCUCUUUCUCUCUGUAAAUAGGAAGAACGCGCAGCAAUAUUUUAUCACCAUUUUACUGUUUCCUUCAUCUAGAAACCUUUACUAUAUUAAAUCCAAACGCUGUCAUCUUCGAAGAAAGGAGAGGUCUUUCAAGAUUUUAUUUUAUUUGGCGUUCAUUUUUACAGCUACAUUCCUUUCUUGAUUGCUUGAAUUUUCAUCAUGUGCGGGGGAGCGUUGAUUUCCGACUUCAUCCCGUCGGCGAGGCAGCGGCGAGCGACCGGCGACUAUCUAUGGGCGGAUCAGGGAAAGAAGAAGAAAAAGAGAAAUGGUGGCCGGAAGAUUAGUGAGGCGGAGUUCGACGAUGACUUCGAAGCUGAUUUCCGGGAGUUCAAGGACGAGGAGGGGGUGGACGAACUGGAGGAGUUUACUUCCGUCGAGCCCUACGCUUUCCGUCCAAAGCCGGCAACUUUAUCACGAGUAGAGGAUUCAGCUGUUCUGAAACGCUCUGAAUUUGAUGGAGAUUCUGAUAAAUCAUCCAAAAGGAAGAGGAAGAACCAGUUCAGAGGAAUCCGUCAACGUCCAUGGGGCAAAUGGGCAGCUGAGAUUAGAGAUCCUCGCAAAGGAGAGCGAGUAUGGCUAGGAACAUUCGACACGCCGGAGGCGGCCGCCCGAGCUUAUGAUGCUGCAGCUCGUAAGGUUCGCGGUAAGAAAGCGAAGGUGAACUUCCCAGACGAAGCCUCCAAACCUGCUCAGAACCACCCUCCAAAACAAACUGUAUCAAAAACAUUGGAAGGAAACUCUACUGAGGAAUUAAACUUCAAUGAAUCCUUAGAUUGUUUCAGCAAUGCAAAUUACAAUUUUUACUCUAGUUUAGGUAUGUGUGAGGAGAUUAUUGAGCCUAUGAAGCUUGAGAAGAUAUAUUCUGAGCAGGAAAGCAACUCUUUAAAUUGCUCAGAUUAUGGAUGGGAAAAUGAGUUCAAGAGCCCUGAGAUUAGCUCAAUUCGAGCUCCUACUGUUGGAGAUCUUAAAUCUGGAUUCAUGGAAGAAGGUGGAGAACAUAAGAAACUCAAAACUAAUUCUGAUGAUGAUCUUAAAUUUCCAGAAGAUCUACCGGCUUUCGAGCCAAAUAUGAAGUUCUUGCCAUUCUCUGAAGAAACCUUAGAUGGAUCACUUGAUUCCCUUCUUGGCACUGAGAUGAUUCAAGAUGGAACCCUAAACUUUAUGGAUCUUUGGAACUUUGAGGACAUUCCCAUAUCUGAAAGUAUAUUCUAAAUAUAUCUGAUAUCCUUCUGGGUCUCUGUAAAUAAGGAGAAAAACGUAAGCUUCUCCUUGCUCUAAUACAUUUUCUAAACCUAUUGGUUUCAUUUUAAUUUUGAAAGACUUUUUUGUUUUUUCCUAUUUAAUGUUUCAGAAACUUAUGUUAUGGAGAUUAUGGAUAGCCAGAGCUGUUAGCCAAUGGCUACCAAUUUCAUUGAAGCAGACUUUGGUUGUUAUACUAAUAUAUGUCUGUUGUUUUUGUGUUUUUAGAACUUGAAUAUGUGCGACUGAUUUGCUGGUUAUUUCAGAAACUAAUGAAAUGCUAUUUAUGGUGCC